UUCUCGUUGAAUAACAAAAUGGAGAUUGUGAAGUUAAAAAAAUCUGCAUUUUUUGUGCAAGUGGGAUCAACAAUGAUAAUUGCCAAUCUUGUAUGUCUCACCGGAUUCAUAUAUGCAUGGCCAUCAUACACAUACGCGGUAUUCAAAUCAAACGAAACAGUGUUGGAUGCACCCAUGACGACUGGGCAAUUGUCACUCUUAGGAAGUUUCAUAAACGUUGGAGCGUUGGUCGCAACGCCGUUUUGUGGAUACGCUGUUGACAAAUUUGGUAGAAAAUACUCAGCUAUGCUGUUCGGUUUACCAUAUGUGAUGACAUGGGCGCUCAUCUCCGUUACCAAAUCCGUAUAUCUGAUAAUAUUUGCUGUUGGAUUGGCCGGCUUCGGAGCUGCAGGGCAAGCAGUAUCAUCCGUGUUCAUAUCAGAAAUAUGCCACGAUUCAAUUAGAGGAGGAUUAACAUCGACAACAGUGUCUGGAUUUUUCGUUGGAUUGUUAUUUUCUUAUGCACUAGGAGGAUAUUUAUCUUAUUAUAAUGUUUUGUAUGUACAUUUGGUACUAUCAGUUUUUUAUAUUGUGAUGUUAGCACUAUUGAAAGAGUCACCGGUGUUUUUAUUGAAAUGCGGUAAAGAAAAGGAAGCUGCGGAAUCGAUUGCGUUUUAUCACCGUUUUGAAUUGAAUUCUAAAGAAUUAGAAAUCGAGAUAAAAAAAAUUAAACUACAGUUGGAUCCAAAAAUUAAUUUAAUAUUAGAAGCAGGAAGUGAUGACGGGAAACUCACCACUGAGCUCUUGGAUAAUCCAUCAAGCUUCACUACAAAAGUUGAAAAACGCGAAUCAGCGUGGCAGUUUCUAAGAAGUUCUGAAUCAUCGAAGAAAGCAUUGUUUUCUGUUCUUAUCGUGAUGGCAACAACGAUUUUAAUGGGGUCCAUUGUUCUACAAGUGUAUGCCGAACCUCUAUUUAAGGAAGCUGUGCCCACGAUGCAUCCAAAUACAUGCUCGAUAUUACUAGCCGUGGACUACUUAAUCGCAAGUUUAGUUUGCGGUUGUACGUUAGACAAGUAUGGUAGAAAGACACUUAUGACCAUCACGUCUAUCGUGUCCGGUAUCUUUACGAUACUACUCGGCUCUCAGCUCCACUUACACUGGGCACCGCACUGGUUCACCGCAUUUUGCAUAUAUGGCUACUGUUUCGUCUACAAUCUCGGAGCUGCUGUCGUUCCGUUUGUUCUUACCGCUGAGGUAUUUCUACCUGAGGUUCGUGGGAUUUGCAACAGUUUCUCAAUGGCAUGUAUGUGGAUCAUGAACUUCGGUACUACCAUCAUCUUCUACCCCUUGGUAGAAGCGUGUGGUCUUGGACCUACAUUCUACUUCUUCUCGGUGGUGUGCUUCCUAGGAGCAUUCUACAGUCAUUUUCUCCUUCCUGAGACGAAAGGUCUAUCAGCUGAUGCGAUACAGCCGCUAUUUUUAAAGAAAAGUAGAAGGAAGAGUCAACCAAGACUGUAACUGUAAAUUACAUUUUUUUAAGUACCGUUUCUUAUUUUCCUAACGCUCUUUUAACUCUAUUAUUUGAUUUUCGGUAACAGAUUUCCAUUGAGAUGCAGUUUUCUUAAAUAAUUUGAAUUGAAUAUGUUGAAAUUGUUUUGUCAAGGCGGAUUACUCAUAACAUAAGAAAUGGUAGAACUUCGUUAAAAAUUACUAAAAUUUCGA